GCGAGUGGCUUGGCGAGGGAGCGACACGAUUGCUAUAAACCAACUAACAUAGACGGCGGUGGAAAACUUCAAACAUUUAGAUUCGAACAAUUCCAAAGGGACUGAACGACAACGAAAAGAAAGCAAACGAUAAAAAAGAGGACUGGCUACCAAAGACAAACAAACAAUACAAACGGAAUACUAAACGAAGGAUAAGUGAAAAGGCGAAAAGUGAAAAGCAAAUUCUGUUUAUGAGAGAGAAAGAGAGCAAGCGGCUGUUGUGUAUGCGUGAAAGUGAGAGCGAGAGAGAGGUUAAGACGAAAGAGAAAAAAUUUAUGAGCUCACGAUGGAUAUCAUCAAUAAUUCGACAAAUUCGACAAAUAGCAACUCGAGCUAUUUUGGAGAAUUUCCAAAUUCCUCCAAGUUUUUGUAUGAACUUUUGACUAUUGCUGCUCUGAUUGUAUCAACUGUGGCCAUAAUAGCAAAUUUUUUAACUGCUCUAGCAGUCCGAAAAGUAAAAAGUACGUCAGCGAUGUCGUCUCAUUUUCGCCUUGUACUAAACUUGGCAAUUGGAGAUGGUCUUCUGGCACUCUCAGUACUAUUUCAUCAUCUUAACCAAUCUCUCAAUAGUCAUUCUAGAUCAAAGUGUUUUUACAUGAUAAUAAAAUCUUUAAAUAGUACUUUUUUACUAUUAAUCCUCUUCAAUCUUUUGGCAAUGGCAACGGAUCACUAUUUUGCAGUUUUUAAACCGUUACACUAUCCAACUAUCUUCACAAAAGGCAGGACAACUAUUCUUAUAGGUCUAUUAUGGGCUCUAUCAGCUAUAAGCGGUUUCUCUGAUUGGCUUACACCAUUGGGUAGGCCGAAGAAACUAAACUACUGUCAGAAAGUUUAUUGGACAAAAUAUAAUGAGGAAUACGUCGUUUUCGUCCUGGCCCCCUUCUGCUUCGUUCUAAUGACACUCGUGUAUAUCAAAGUCUAUGGGGAAGUAAAAAGGCAAAGAAAUCGAAUGGAAGCCGGAGGAGCGAACGAAAUGCUAAGGAAUAACAAGGCUUUAUUUACAACUCUAUUAAUUAUUGUAACAUUUGCUGCUUGUUGGCUACCUCUCUGUUUCUACCAAGUAACUCUAAUUGUUAUAUCACAAGUGAAUGCGAAGCUACUCUUGGAUAGAACUAACCUUCUCAUGACAUUGGAUAAAUGUAUCUACAACAUUAUGCUUCUAAAUUCAAUCGCUGAUCCUAUUAUAUAUGCUGUCAGGAUGCGAGAAGUACGUAAAGCCUACAGACGUUUAUUCUGCAAACGCCCAAUAAGGAGUUUUGAUAGGUUGAGAUAUUUCCGAAUUGGUUUAAAACGCAAUUAAACAGUUUUUAAUAAAAAUUUUUAUUCUCUUUUAUUCUAUAAUUAGCAUUGAUAAUACGCACUUAACCAUCUUGAUGAAUAAUGGUGAACAAACAACUGCUCAAGAUUCUUAUAAACUUCCCAACUUAAAAAGAACGUCUACAUCAUCCAUUCCCUGCUAUACUGAUAAAUCAGACAAGAUGUCUCCAACCACCUAAGACUAUAGAAAUUUAAAAAAAAAAGCAAAACAAAACAAACAAAGUAACAAAUACCAGCAAACAAACAAAAAAAGAGCAAAAAAAACAAACAAAAUGUCACUAAUAUGAAAGUAAUUGAUUGUUGUUUACUUUUACACCUGCCUUGUAUGAGAAAUAUCUGUUGUAUUUCGUAUACUUUUCUUUACUAUAUUAAAGAGUAAACCUAGAAUACUCUUUUUUCCAUUGUAGUUCACUUUCUAUUAUUUACAAUUACUAAGUGUUUUUCUUUUUUUAAAUGAUCCUUUUCAAUAAAAUCCUGUUUUCUGUCCAUAAUACAGGGUAAUCCCUGAAGGGUUUUUUCAAAAAUCCUUUCCAUAGUGAUGUGACGUCUAAACGUUGAAACCAUGCCCCAAUUCAUAAUAUUAGAGAGCAAAGCUCUUGGAGUCAGUUUAUAAAGAGUCAUCCUAUACCAAUUUUCUUAAACCUACAGGCUCAGUGUGUCGUAUAUUUCCUUUUAUAUUUCAAAUAUUUCUCUGUAAAGUAAAGAGGAAAUGUAUUUGUAAACAAGUUUCUUAAUGGUUGUCAAAAAUGAUAAUUAGCACCCUUUGAGUUAAAAAUUUUCCUAUUUAUGGUGUAAAUAAUCAAUAAAAUAUUUUGCAUAGAAAAAGCAAGUCUUUCUCCACCUUACGCGUUUUUUUAAGUUCUCCCUGAAGUCCUCUCCUAUUAACCCAUGCUACUAUACAAAAUAUAAUCAAGUCUUCUUUCUCUUACUCACUCAACCAAAAUUAUACGCAUGGGAAGAAUCUUACUAGAACAGAAAACGUAAAUACUCAUUAAUAUAAUCGAGAAUGUGAGUAAAAUUUGAAAAUUUCCCAUGGCUUUAUUUCCAUUAAUAUAUAGUGCAAUUCAGUAAAAAGAAAACGAAGGAUUAAAGAAGAUAAAGCAAAAUAAUGAACGUAUUUAUAGAAAAAAAAAUUGAUAAAAAUUAUAAUUAUAUUAAGAUUGAGUAUCCGUAACCAGUGCAUUUCUAACUAAUAAAUUCCACUUCUCGGGACAGAAUAAUUUGUAUUCAUUUACUUCUUCUUUCAUCUAUUUUGUCCUGUCCAAUUUUCCUCUAGGCCAUAUUUUUGUUACAUUUUAAUUAAAAAGAAUGCCCGCUAUUUUGUAUUCGUAUAUUUUCACGAAAUGUUUUUGGUUUUGUAUGGAUAUACACAAUAUACUAAUGCACUAAUAUAUAUAGGCAUAUAUUGUAUAUAUUUAACUAUCACUAUAUACAGUAUAUACAUAUAUGGUUGUUUGCAGAUAAAGAAUUUAAUACCCUACAAAGACGGGUUCUGAGUUAUCUUAAUUAUCUGUGUUUGCAUUUACAAUGGUCUACUUAAUGAUCUUACUAAGAGAUCUAUUGUAACUGGACCUAUACAUCAUACUAAAUGUCAUUAGAACGUUACUCAAUCACCUAACUUGUUAAAAAUUAUUAUUAUGCAAUAAAUUAUCAUCCUCGUGCGGAAUAAAUGCUCUACUAAUAUUACUAAGUCGGCUUCCUUUUUGAUAACCAAAAGCUUAAAGUCAAUAACUCAAGUGUAAAAUAAAUAGAUCUUGUGUCGUCUUCUUUUUUUCCCUCUGAUUUAAAAAAAAACGUAUUCCCCAAUGAACUCCAUUCUCAUUCUUUAUCUUCUAGAAGAAGGUCUUUUUUUUGUUCUUUUCUUCUCUCUUUUGUACUAUGUUUAAAACUAUUUAUCACAAACCAAAGUAAAUGUUUGCCGUAACAUACUAAUAUCUUUUCAUGUUGUCCUCGAAUGAUUAAUUGGAUUCUACAGCUUACUCAAUGAAU